UGCACCCGUGGGGCCCUGGAAGCGUCGGCUCGCGAGCCGCUGAGCGAGGUGCAGCUUGGAGAGGCCGGGGCCCCCGGGGCGCGGGUGGAGGCCGGCGCCAUGGAGCCCCCGGCCGCCCCCUCGGAGAGGAGCCUGUCUCUGUCCCUGCCUGGGCCCCGGGAGGGCCAGGCUACCCUGAAGCCGCCCCCCCAGCACCUGUGGCGGCAGCCGCGGACCCCUAUCCGUAUCCAGCAGCGCGGCUACUCGGACAGCGCAGAGCGCGCAGAGCCCGAACGGCCGCCGCACCGGCCCAUAGAACGCGCCGACGCCGUGGAUACCAGCGACCGGCCUGGCCUGCGCAAGUCCCGCAUGUCCUGGCCCUCGUCCUUCCACGGCACCGGCAGCGGCGGCGCGGGCGGAGGUAGCUGCAGGCGCUUCGAGGCAGCCGAGAAUGGGCCAAUGCCAUCGCCCGGCCGCAGCCCCCUGGACUCGCAGGCGAGCCCAGGCCUCGUGCUGCACCCUGCGGGGGCUGCCAGCCAACGCCGAGAGUCCUUCCUCUACCGCUCGGACAGUGACUACGACAUGUCACCCAAGACCAUGUCCCGGAACUCGUCGGUCACCAGUGAAGUGCAUGCCGAAGAUCUCAUCGUAACACCGUUUGCUCAGGUGCUGGCCAGUCUCCGGAGUGUUCGCAGCAACUUCUCGCUCCUGACCAAUGUGCCCAUUCCCAGCAACAAGCGGUCACCAAUGGGCGGCCCACCCCCCGUCUGCAAGGCCAUGCUGUCAGAGGAGACGUGUCAGCAGUUGGCCUGGGAGACGUUGGAGGAGCUGGACUGGUGUCUGGAGCAGCUAGAGACCAUGCAGACAUACCGCUCUGUCAGCGAGAUGGCCUCUCACAAGUUCAAGAGGAUGCUAAACCGUGAGCUCACACACCUGUCAGAGAUGAGCAGGUCAGGAAACCAGGUCUCUGAGUACAUCUCCACAACGUUCCUGGACAAGCAGAACGAAGUAGAGAUCCCAUCACCCACGAUGAAGGAGCGAGAGAAACAGCAAGCGCCGCGGCAGCAGCGACCCCCUCAGCACCCCCCGCCCCCUGUGCCACAGUUCCAGCCCAUGUCUCAUAUCACGGGCGUCAAGAAACUGAUGCACAGCAGCAGCCUGAACAACUCCAGCAUCCCCCGCUUUGGGGUCAAGACUGAUCAAGAGGAGCUCCUGGCCCACGAGCUGGAGAACCUGAACAAGUGGGGCCUGAACAUCUUUUGUGUGUCGGAUUACGCUGGAGGCCGCUCCCUUAGCUGUAUCAUGUACACGAUAUUUCAGGAGCGGGACCUGCUGAAGAAGUUCCGCAUCCCGGUGGACACCAUGGUGACGUACAUGCUGACGCUGGAGGACCACUACCAUGCAGACGUGGCCUACCACAACAGCCUGCACGCGGCCGAUGUGCUACAGUCCACCCAUGUGCUCCUGGCCACACCUGCGCUGGAUGCCGUGUUCACGGACCUGGAGAUCCUCGCUGCCCUCUUCGCGGCUGCCAUCCACGAUGUGGACCACCCUGGGGUCUCCAACCAGUUCCUUAUCAACACCAAUUCGGAGCUGGCACUCAUGUACAACGACGAGUCGGUGCUCGAGAACCACCACCUGGCCGUGGGCUUCAAGCUGCUGCAGGAGGACAACUGCGACAUCUUCCAGAACCUCAGCAAACGCCAGCGGCAGAGCCUACGCAAGAUGGUCAUCGACAUGGUGCUGGCCACAGACAUGUCCAAGCACAUGACCCUCCUGGCUGACUUGAAGACCAUGGUGGAGACCAAGAAAGUGACCAGCUCGGGGGUCCUCCUGCUGGACAACUACUCUGACCGAAUCCAGGUCCUGCGGAACAUGGUGCACUGCGCUGACCUCAGCAACCCUACCAAGCCGCUGGAGCUGUACCGCCAGUGGACAGACCGCAUCAUGGCCGAGUUCUUCCAGCAGGGGGACCGGGAGCGUGAGCGUGGCAUGGAGAUCAGCCCCAUGUGUGACAAGCACACGGCCUCCGUGGAGAAGUCCCAGGUGGGUUUCAUCGACUAUAUCGUGCACCCGCUGUGGGAGACGUGGGCUGACCUGGUCCACCCGGAUGCCCAGGAGAUCCUGGAUACAUUGGAGGACAACCGGGACUGGUACUACAGCGCCAUUCGGCAGAGCCCUUCACCACCACCUGAGGAGGAGCCCGGAGGGCCAGGCCACCCACCCCAACCUGAUAAGUUCCAGUUUGAGCUGACUCUGGAGGAGGAAGAGGAGGAGGAGGUGUCCACGGCCCAGAUAACACCCACAGCCCAAGAUGCGUUCACAGUGCAAGAACUAUCCACGGCCAAGGACACAUCUGUCAUAGCACUGGAUGCAUCCCCAGCUCAGGAGCUGUUGGAGGUCAAGGGCCAGGACGAAGCGUACUUGACGUGGCCAGCAGACCCAGCUGAGAAUGGGUCUACGACGCAGGACCAGUCCACAUCCCAAGACGCAUCUGUGGCUCUGGAUGCUGUAAGCCACAGCAGCCCCGCUACCCUGUCCCCUGAAAGCCCCCCUCUGCCUGCCUUGAGGACCCCACCCCCUGAAGAGGAGGUCCCGGGCCUCCUGGGCCUCCCCUCCACGGCGGCCGAGGUGGGGGCCCAAAGGGAGCAUCAGGCUGCCAAGCGAGCGUGCAGCGUGUGCACUGGGACAUCCAGCCAGGCUCCAGCCACAUUGCCAGCUCCCAGCGGGUGGGGGUCAGGUGGAGGCCCCACCUGA